AUGUCGACUUUGCUUACACUUUUAUAUCCGUGGGUUUCUUUGCUUUCCAUCAUCUUAUCAACCAUUACCAUUAAUAUUGUGUCUACAACACCAACAUAUAAUAACAAUAUACCAAGGCUCAGUGCAUUCCUACGAGACUCCAAAACAGAACCACAAACACUCUCACAAGACUUCCAAAUCUUUUUUUUCAACCAAACACUUGAUCACUUCAAUUACGGGCCUGAAAGCUAUGCCAUUUUCAAACAAAAAUAUGUGAUCAAUUCUAAAUACUGGGGUGGUCCGAAUGUGUUCUCGCCAAUCUUCGUUUAUUUCGGUGCCGAGUCUCCAUUGGAUGAUGGUCAGAUCACAUAUAGUGCUGGAAUUAUUAAUGAUAAUGCCGCUCAUUUUAAAGCUCUCUUAAUCUAUAUAGAGCAUCGGUACUAUGGAGAAUCAAUUCCAUUCGGAACAUUUGAUGAAGUCAUGAAUAGUGUUACUAUUCGCGGUUAUUUCAACUCAGCCCAAGCAUUAGCAGAUUAUGCAGAAAUAAUCGUGUACGUUAAGGAAGAAUUUGCCGCUCAAGAAUCUCCUGUCAUUGUCUUUGGAGGAUCCUAUGGAGGAAUGCUUGCAUCAUGGUUUCGGCUGAAAUAUCCCCACAUUGCCCUUGGAGCUCUAGCCUCAUCAGCCCCUAUCCUUAACUUUGAUGGCAUUAGUCCAGAAAACACGUUUCCUGUGGGUGUCACAAAAGAUUUCAAGGAAGCCAGUGAAUCUUGCUACCAGGCUAUACGAAAUUCAUGGUUUGAAAUUGAUAACGUCGCUUCUCAGCAGAAUGGUCUUUCAAUCCUGAGUCAGAGAUUCAAGACUUGCUCGCCCUUGGGAUAUUCGUAUGAGCUCAAGAACUACUUGGAAGAUAUGUAUAGUAAAGCAGCUCAAUAUGAUGGGCCACCAACAUAUCCAGUUACUCAAAUCUGUAGUGGCAUUGAUGGAGCACCUGAAGGAACUGAUAUUCUUGGCCGGAUAUUUGCUGGCGUUAUUGCUCGUAUAGGGAAUACAACAUGCUAUAUUAAUGACAUUGGAAACCCUACUUCUCAAACAAGCGGUGAUACCAAUGGUCCACAAACUACUGAUGAAACAGGUGUGGGGUGGGGAUGGCAAGUAUGUAGUGAGAUGGUGACACCAAUGGGUCAGGGUAGCGACGACACUAUGUUCCAACCAAGACCCUUCAAUGCAACUAACUUCAUCAACGACUGCAAGAGCAAGUAUGGCGUCACACCAAGACCUCAUUGGGUCACAACCUAUUAUGGAGGCCAUGAUAUAAAACUGGUUCUCCAAAGGUUUGCUAGUAACAUCAUUUUCUCCAAUGGACUCAGAGAUCCUUUUAGUGGUGCCGGGAUUUUGGAGGACAUAUCAGACACUAUUCUCGCCAUCUAUACAGCUGAAGGAUCUCAUUGUUUAGACAUGGUUCUAGCACAGCAAAGUGAUCCAUAUUGGUUGGUGAAUCAACGGCAGAUAGAAAUCCAGACCAUUGAAGGAUGGAUCAGAAAGUAUGUAGCUGAUGUUAAUGCAUUCAGAAAGUAG